AAAAUGCCUAAAAGAUCAGGUGCUGAUGUUAAGAGACAGUUGUUUAAAGGCCUUGGGAGUCGAAGAUCGAAUCUGGAUUCUGCCACUUCAAACUUGUUAUCAAGAACACUUCGGAAGAAUUCAGAUAAAUAUUUGAACAAGUCCAAUAAUGAACCUGGUGAACGUGAAUUUGUUAUCCAUAAAUCAACUAAACCAGAAGAUUAUGAAAUAUUCAGUACCAGUCAUCCAAUUAGAGAGUCAAAAUUACAAGCUCUAGAACAAUCUGAACAAGCUUUCAAUGAAGUUUUCCAUGCAGGUUUUGAUGAUUCAGGAUCAGAAGAUGAAGAACCAGAUGUUUCAGCUAUAGCUAGCCCCUCAGUAAUGAAUGAAGAUGACAUAUUGAUUUCAGUGCCCGGUUAUUCCAAAGAGGAACUUACAGCUAGUAAAAGAUUGAACAUAAAUGAUAGAAGAAACGUGAGAUUAUCAAAAGUUAGUCCCUUGGAAAGGGUUUUCUCAUCUACAGAUUUCUUGAAGGAAUCACCACCAGAUAAAGUUAGAGAAUAUGACUUGAUAAACCAGGAGUUCAAUGAACAUUUAGAAGCUUUGAAAGAGCAUAGAGAUAGCUUAAAACUGCUAUCCGAAGGGUUCAGAGCCAAUGAACCUGCAGAUCUCCAACAUUUCAGAGAGUUGAUUUCCAGAUUUGAUGAGGACUCUUGGAUGUACCUCCACAACCCAAACACCACCACCAACACCACCAACUGAAUAACGAAUUUAUGAACCCUUUUUUAAUUUAAUUUUAACGAUGUUUCCAAU